GUAAUUUUAAUUUUAACUUGAGAUGCGCACCCCAUCAAAAAACAUGGGAGAAAGUAGAAACUACUACUGUAUUUAAAAAACAAAUUCCUCCUGUAUUUCGCUGUUUCAUCGCAUAUUUCCAUACAAAACAAACAUCCUUUCUUUCAAAUAUUUAAACACUUCGUUUUUUCAUUUCUGUUCCAUUCAUGCUUUUUUGGUUUCUCCGGUUGUUGGAUUUUAAGCUUCUGGUUCAACAAUUUCAGGUUAUUCAACCCAAUUUUAGAGAAUUAAGGUGGGUUUUUGAUGUAAAGAUUGGAUCUUUAUGUGAUAUUAAGACUAAUCAGUAGGUUUGGGUAUUACCCAGUUUCUAAAAUUAGACGAACUAGUUAAAAGUUCACAUUUUGAAAUUUACCCAGUUAGCUCAAGGUUUAUGUCAUAACAUACUACAAUUAGAUGAUCCAUUUUAUGGGAAGAAUUCAAAAUUUCUACUUUACUUGGCCUCUGAACUUUUUGUAGUUUAGGUGACCAAUUAUUAUUAUUCAUCUUUUGCUGAAGAAAAUAUGAGUGAACCAAAUCCUACUGUUGCUACCCCAUUGAUGGCCAAAUCCAAUUCAAGGAAGCUUCCUGAUUUUAAGAAAUCUGUGAAGUUGAAAUAUGUCAAAUUGGGUUAUCAUUAUCUUGUUACUCAUGCAAUGUAUUUGUUCCUAUCUCCUCUUAUUGUUAUAAUAGCUGCUCAUCUGUCUACUUUUUCUCUUGAAGAUGCCUAUGUUCUUUGGGAACACCUUCAGUUUAAUCUUAUCUCAGUGAUUGUAUGCUUGACCCUCUUGGUUUUCUUGGGUACUCUUUAUUUUCUUACUAGUCCUCGUCCUGUGUAUCUUUUGAACUUCUCAUGCUACAAACCCGAAGAUGCUCGCAAGUGCACGAGGCAGAUUUUCAUGGAGAGAUCUCACUCCAUUGGUACAUUUACUGAGGGAAACCUCGAGUUUCAAAGAAAGAUUCUUGAAAGAUCAGGGCUCGGGGAAGACACAUAUCUUCCUGAAGCUGUCCUUCGAGUUCCUCCUAAUCCUUGUAUGGCGGAGGCUAGGAAGGAAGCUGAGAUGGUGAUGUUUGGUGCUCUUGAUGAGCUUUUUGCUAAGACCAAUGUGAAGCCUAAAGAUAUUGGGAUACUUAUAGUGAAUUGUAGUUUGUUCAACCCCACUCCAUCAUUGUCAGCAAUGAUUGUUAACCAUUACAAACUGAGAGGUAACAUUAUUAGUUAUAAUCUUGGUGGAAUGGGUUGUAGUGCUGGAUUGAUUGCUAUUGAUCUCGCUAAGCAUCUUCUACAAGUCCAUCCUAACUCGUACGCUGUGGUCAUUAGCAUGGAAAACAUUACCUUGAAUUGGUACUUUGGAAACGAGAGGUCAAUGUUGGUUUCGAACUGUUUAUUCAGGAUGGGAGGUGCCGCGAUUUUACUGUCUAACAGGAGAACUGAUAGAUGGCGAUCUAAGUAUCAGCUCGUUGACACGGUUCGAACCCACAAAGGUUCGGAUGACAAGUGCUUCGGUUGUGUAACCCAACAAGAGGAUCUCGAUAGAAAAAUUGGAGUCGCUUUAUCUAAAGAUUUGAUGGCUGUCGCAGGAGACGCUCUCAAGACUAACAUUACUACUCUUGGCCCGUUAGUGCUUCCUAUGUCAGAACAGCUGCUUUUCUUUGCGACCCUCAUAGGGAAAAAGGUAUUGAAGAUGAAGCUGAAGCCAUACAUUCCGGAUUUCAAACUUGCAUUUGAGCAUUUUUGUAUUCAUGCUGGAGGAAGGGCUGUGCUGGAUGAGCUAGAGAAGAAUCUGCAGCUCUCAGAUUGGCACAUGGAGCCUUCGAGGAUGACACUUAAUCGAUUUGGGAAUACGUCAAGCAGCUCCUUGUGGUAUGAACUGGCUUAUACGGAAGCCAAAGGGAGGGUUAAGAGGGGAGAUAGAAUAUGGCAAAUUGCUUUCGGUUCUGGUUUCAAGUGUAAUAGUGCAGUCUGGAGAGCUAUAAGGACGGUGAAUCCAGAGAAGGAGAAGAAUCCAUGGAUGGACGAGAUACACUUAUUUCCUGUGGAUGUUCCGAAAGUAUCUUCAAUCUCAAACUAAAAUAGGAAAAUCUACAGUUAGUUGCAAUAAAGCUGUUGACAAGGAGAUGCCCGGAAGUAGGUUGAGAUAGGGAAGAGUAGAGACUACUAAUUGUAGUAGUGAGCUAUUUCUAGUUAUGGAAGCUUGUAUUUUUCAUCUUGUUAUUAAGGUAGAUUGCUUACUUAGUGUACUUCAUUAUUAUAAUUUAUUUGUUAGUUUCAUCUUCUAUUUUAUAUGACCUUCAUAUUGGGAAGAACUUUUGGAAUCUGAUUGCUGGUUAAAUGAAGUUAAUAAUUGAUGCUAAACUUCAUUAUUGUAAUUUAUUAUGUGUAACCGACCAUAAAUUUAUUGGGAUUUUGGCCAAUUUUUUUGUU